GCCCGGCCUGCAGUCCCGCCCCAGAGCCGGCAGGGAGCAGAGCUGCGGAGCCGCCUAGUCUCCUGCGUCCAUCGGUCCAUUCUUGCGUCCUUCUUUCUGUCCAUCGAACGUGCACUGCAGGAGCAGCCACGAGGUAGAAGCCGCCUGGUGCGAGCAUCAUGAUUUCAUCUUCUGAACUCCACUCUGAGCCAGGCUGGCAUUAAGUGACAGGACCUUUCCUCUCGGGGCUCUUCCUCAUGGCUCUGGGGCCCAGUCAGACAUUGAGUGCUGGCCCCUUUCUGCAGGCAGCUCCAUCUCCAGCUCUGAGGGGUGGCAUGGCAGCGAGCACAGACGUGGCUGGGCUGGAGGAAAGCUUCCGCAAGUUUGCCAUCCAUGGUGAUCCCAAGGCCAGUGGGCACGAGAUGAAUGGCAAGAACUGGGCCAAGCUGUGCAAGGACUGCAAGGUGGCUGAUGGAAAGGCUGUGACAGGGACCGAUGUCGACAUCGUCUUCUCCAAAGUCAAGGGGAAGUCUGCCCGGGUCAUCAACUAUGAGGAGUUCAAGAAGGCCCUAGAAGAGCUGGCACCCAAACGAUUCAAGGGGAAGAGCAAGGAGGAGGCCUUUGAUGCCAUCUGCCAGCUGGUGGCAGGCAAGGAACCAGCCAAUGUGGGUGUUACUAAAGCAAAAACAGGGGGUGCUGUGGAACGGCUGACUGACACCAGCAAGUACACGGGCUCCCACAAGGAACGCUUCGAUGAGAGCGGCAAGGGCAAGGGCAUUGCUGGGCGGCAGGACAUCCUGGAUGACAGUGGCUAUGUGAGUGCCUACAAGAAUGCAGGUACCUAUGAUGCCAAGGUGAAGAAGUGAGGCCUGGGAAGGCCCCCCCUAGCACGGCUGCCCCUGCCAGAGGCUCAGGCCUGGGCCUAAGGGGCAUGUGGAGCAAGAGAGCCCGGUCCCCUCCUUGCUGGAUCUGCCGCCCAGCGCUUCCUGCCCAGCCCUAUGGGGCCAGCCCACCAGACCUCUGACCCAGACUGCUCUGCAUCCCCUUCCCCUUUUUCUUUCCUCCUCGACUUCUGUCUGUCUGGGGAGAGUCUGUGCCUAUAGCCUCACCACCCCAACCUAGCCCCGGGCAUGGCUAACCCCUGCCUGCUUGCCUCAUAUUUAAGCUGCUGCUCUGGCCAAGUGCUAAUUCUUACCCGGACCUCAAUAAAGCCACCUUUUGUACCAA